AUGAACGAGGUGCAGGAGCCGGCUGCGCGGCCGAUGCCGCUGCACCGCGUGCGCUUUGUAGACUGGUCGCCGUCAUCUAUCACGGCGCUGGCCUUUUCGCCGACGGCCCCUGCGGCCGGCGGCGCGGCGCACCAGGCGCAUACGCCGCGGUGCGUCCUGGCGAUCGGCCGCGAGAACGGGAAUAUCGACCUGUGCACCUGGUGCGAGGACGCAGCUGCGGAAAGCACGAGUGGCGCGCCGCUCGCCAAGGGCUGGAUGGUCGAAACAACCCUGUUUGGCGACGUAAACUACAAGAUCGAGGCACUCGCCUUUACCAAGAGCACCAUGGACGGCGCGGAGCGCUUGCGCCUCUUUUCCACGUCGGGCGGCAGCAUCGUCACGGAGCACUACCUGCCGUGGUCGAUCGCGUGCGUGACCGAGGGCGGCAAGCGCCACGACGUGCACGCCGCCACACGCACGCUCUCGUCGGGCGGCGGCGCAAUCUGGAGCAUGGCCGCCUCGCCGCUGAACCAGUACCUCGCCAUCGGCUGUGAGGACGGCGUAGUGCGCCUCAUUGACGUGACGGGGGACGCGUUUGAGCACGUCCACGGCGCGCGCAUCCGCGCGGAAAACGGCGAGAUGGCCGACGCGCCCCGCAUGGCGCGCGUCGCCUCGCGCAUCCUGUCCCUCGCCUGGGGACCGCCACGCCGUGCGACACGCCCGGCGCCGCGCCGCACGGCCGACUCGGACUCGGACUCGGACUCGGAGGAGGAAGAGGACGAGGAAAUCUGGCGCGAGGGAUUCCUCCUCGGCGGCCUCGGCAACUCGACGGCGGCCGUGUGGGACGUCGAGAGCGGCCAGCUGCGCUCGCGCCUCACGGUGAUGAAGAACCGCAACGAGCACACGAUCGUCUGGGCCGUCGCCGUGCUCGGCGACGGGACACUCGUCACGGGCGACUCGACCGGACGCGUUACCUUUUUCGACGCGCGCACGCGCGUGCCCGUGUCCGGCGCGACGUUCCAGUGCCACACCGGCGGCGCAGACGUGCUGAGCCUGUGUGUGAGCACCGACGGACGCACUGUGUACAGUGCGGGCGUCGACCAAAAGGUGGCCGAGUACAGCUUGGUCGGCCAUACGUGGGCGCAUACGGCGACGCGCCGCCUGCACGCGCACGAUAUCCGUGCGCUUGCGGUUGAUCCCCCCUUUGAUAUCCAGCGUGCGAGCACGAGCGCGAUCGUGCCGACGCGCCUGCCGGUGCUCGUGAGCGGCGGCAUCGAUUUCCACCUGGUCCUCACGCCGGCCGCGCCGCAGCGUGGGCCGUCGUUUGCGAAUCCGAUCUCGUCGAGCGCGUCGACGCGCUUUGCGGACACGACGCAGCGCCGCGUGCCGUUUGUGCCGCAGAAUGCGCGCGCGGGCGUCGCGGGUGGCGCCGUGGUCAAGAUGUGCGAUGCACGGCGCUGGAUUGUGCUGCGCCGCGACACGAGCGUCGCGGUCUGGGCGCUGAGCGACGAUGCGGAGCGGCCGUGGCACAAGCUCUGUGAGCUCGAGCUGCGCACCCGCUCGAACCUCGUGGAAGCGACCGUCUCGCCGGACGGUGCGUACCUCGCGGUUUCGGACCUGUACGAGACGAAGCUCUUUGCGCUGUCGCCUUCAGACGACGGGCUGCAGCCGCGGCGCGUCAAGGGCCUCGGCGCGGCGAUCCACGGCACCGACGCCCCGGCGCCAGGCGCCUCGGUCCUCGUCUUUACGCCGGACAGCACGCGCCUGAUUCUCGGUACGCUCCACGGCGCGUUUGUGCACCUCGUCCAGCUGCCGGCGCUCGGCGAGCUGCAGUUGCUGCGCUCCUUUACGCAGCACCGCCAGCGCUACACGCCCGAAGAGGGGCGCGGCGGGCGUGUACUCGCCGGCGCGCGGAAUGCCAAGGACCGCGAGGCGCUCGCGCGCGACGUCUUUGCGACGAUCGUCCUGGCGCUCGUGUCGCCCGACGGCCAGUGGCUCGUGAGCGUGGACAAUGUGCGCCGCAUGCACGUGUUCCACCUCGAUACGCUCUCGCACCAGCGCGUGCUUGCGUCGCCCGCGAGCCUGCCCACCUCGGCCGUAUUCCAUCCCCAGCACCCCAAUGUGCUCGCCGUGACGCUGCCCACGAACCAGGUCGCAUUCUACGACCUGGAAGGGGGACGUACCGGUGCGUGGGAGCAGGAGCUCCGUGCGCAGCUCGACACGCAGCUUGCCAAGGUGCGUGAGCCGGUGGUCGGCUGCGUCUGGCUCCCGGGCGCGGUCAAGGAGGAGGCGACGCUCGUCCUGUACGGCCCGACGUGGAUCUGCACUGCGCGCCACCGCGCGACGCCGGCCGCCGGCGGGACCAAGCGCCGCAGCGAGGCGCCGGCCGCACACGACGUCUGGAGCGUGCGCACGACGUUCAAGUACCAGCCGCUGCUCUCGGUGCAUGCGCUGCUGCGCCCCGAGGCCGAGCUGCUCGUAAUCGAGCGCCCGUACUUUGCGCUGGCGCAGUCGCUCCCGCCGUCGUUCUACCGCGGAGCCAAGUACGGCUUCUAG